AAACUCACUGUUUUAUUGGAUUUGUUUCAAAGAAAUCCAAUUUUGAUAAACAAAAAAAUGCACUGACAUUUCCCUCCUCUUCUACCUCCUCCCUCGUGUCACUUUCCUUCCUCUUCCACGUUUUCCCCCAUGGCUUCCUCUUCAAUUCAUUUUCUCUCUCCUCCCUUUGCUUACAUAACGUCAUAACCCACCUCCCUUUCUCUCUCUAAUAAAUUUCAAGAAAACCCCAUUUUUUCGCAUCAAAAAUCAACCCAAAACAACAACAAUUACCGCCAUUAAUAAUGAGAUUGUAUGUGUAUAUAUUAGAAGCAAAGGAUUUACCAGUGAAAAACUGUAGUUAUGUGAAGCUUCAAGUGGGUAAAUUCAAGUCUAAAACCCGGAUUGUUACAGGGUCGGACCCGGUUUGGAAUGAGGAGUUUGUGUUCCGGGUUCAUGAAUUGGAGGAUGAACUUGUUUUGUCAAUUUAUCACCAUGAUGGUGAUGAUGAUUCUUAUUCCCGGUUCUUUAACGUUUCGGGGUUUUUGGUGGGUCGGGUUCGGAUUCCGGUAUGGACCGUCGUCGGCGAAGAGAAUGAAUGUUUACCCCCAACGUGGUUUUCCCUUCACAAGCCUAAAACUGGGAAGAAUACGAAAAGAGAUUGUGGAAAAAUUCUUUUGACUCUCACUCUGCACGGAAGAGAACAUCUUGCUAAUGCGGGUCUAUCUUUGUCUGAAGAACCAAGUAUCAGAACAUCUUUUGAUAAGCAAGAGAAUAGCCCUGAUCAUUUAUCUGUAAAGUCCUUUUCUCCAACAACUCCUUCUCCAAAGGCUCGACAUGGAAAAAGAAUGAUGAAAGCUGUUACUAAACGUUUGGAAAAGCUUUUGCAUAAGAAUGGGGAACCCUCUAAAUCUAAAAGUGACGAGUCUUCAGAUUUAAGUGUUAGUCCAUGUGAGUAUGAAGAUGAUGUUCAGGAGGAAUCAAUCUCAUCUAGUAGCUUUGAAGAAGGAUUAGAUAUGAUGCAAUGUAGAGAUGAGGAAGUAGACCUGCCUGAGAACCUGCAAGGCGGAAUUCUUCUUGAUCAGACGUAUGUGGUUACUUCGAAAGAUCUUAAUGCCUUUCUGUUUGCUCCAGAUUCACAGUUUAGGAGAGAACUUGCAGAGAUACAGGGAUCAACUGAUAUACAAGAGGGUCCCUGGACAUGCAAAUCAGCGGAUUCACCACGUUUAACACGUUUGGUCACCUACACAAAUCCUCCAAGCAAAUUAGUCAAGUCUGUUAAAGCCACUGAGGAGCAAACUUAUGUGAAAGCUGAUGGUGUUGAGUUUGCUGUUUUUGUAAGUAUAGCUACACCAGAUGUUCCAUAUGGGAAUACAUUCAAGGUUGAGUUGCUGUACAAGAUCAUGCCUGGUCCAGAAUUAUCUUCAGGUGAGGAAUCCUCCCGUCUUCUGAUUUCUUGGGGCAUAAACUUUUCGCAGAGUACCAUGAUGAAAGGUAUGAUUGAGGGUGGAGCUAGACAAGGUGUGAGAGAGAGCUUUGACCAUUUCAGUAGAUUGCUGGCUCAGAAGUUUAAAGUGUUGGAUAGUGAAGAUUCAUCAGAAAAGGAUCAUGUAUUGGAAGCUCUUCAAAGGGAACAUCAAUCACAUUGGGAGUUGGCUACUGAGUAUUUUGGGAACUUGACCGUAUUUUCCGCCACCUUUUUUACCUUAUAUGUAGUAGUACAUAUUCUACUUUCUGAGCCUCACAAGCCUCAGGGACUUGAGAUUAAUGGUCUCGUUUUGCCUGACAGUUUUGGACAGCUAAUCACUUGUGGGGUCUUAGUACUUCUAUUAGAGCGUGUAUAUAACAUGGUUUCACUCUUUGUGCAAGCCAGAUUACGUGUAGGAAAUGAUCACGGGAUCAAAUCUCAAGGUGAUGGGUGGAAAGUUACUGUGGCUUUGGUUGAAGCCGUCAAUUUGCCGUCAUUAGAUGCAACAGAACUUUCUGAUCCCUUUGUGGUCUUUACCUGUAAUGGAAAAACGAGGACAAGUUCUGUACAGCUUCAAACCUGUGAUCCACAAUGGAAUGAGAUACUUGAGUUUGAUGCUUCAGAGGAGCUACCAUCUGUCCUUGAUGUGGAAGUAUUUGAUUUUGGUGGCCCAUUUGACCCGGCAGCCACACUUGGGCAGACAGAGAUCAAUUUUCUGAAGCACUCGGCAACAGAGUUGGCUGACAUGUGGGUUCCUCUUGAAGGGAAGGCUGUUUCCUCACAGGCAAGACUGCAUUUAAGAAUCUUCGUGGAGAAUAAGAAGGGAGUUGAAACAAUCAAAGAAUACCUCACGAAAAUGGAAAAAGAAGUUGGAAAGAAGUUGAAUCUUCGGUCUCCCCAUAAAAAUUCUUCGUUUCAGAAGCUUUUUGGUUUGCCCCCAGAAGAAUUUCUGAUCAAAGAUUACUCAUGUUCUUUAAGGAGAAAGAUGCCUUUGCAGGGUCGUCUCUUUUUAUCAGCAAGAAUAGUGGGAUUCUAUGGUAAUAUCUUCGGACACAAAACCAGAUUUUUCUUUUUAUGGGAGGAUAUAGAAGAUAUUGAAGUACAAGAUCCCUCAAUGGCAUCGUUUGGUAGUCCUACUCUCGUCAUAAUCUUGCGGAAAGGGAGAGGCUCAGAUGCAAGGCAUGGAGCCAAGACUCAGGAUGAAGAGGGAAGACUUAAGUUCUAUUUCCAAUCGUUUAUUCCAUUUGAAGUUGCCAGCAGGACAAUUAUAGCCUUAUGGAGAGCAAGAACAGCUUCCCCUGAGAAGAAGGCAUUGAUCACAGAAGAUCAGGGGAAUCAAGAAAGUCUGUUGGUUCUUCAUGAAAAUGACAGCUCUCUUUUCCAUGUUGAGGAUUCGGAUAAGUUGAAGAUUUAUUCCACUACUGUUCCAGUCGAUAUCAAAUCCUUGAUGAAAAUGUUUGGAGGAGGAAACCUAGAACGUAAAGUCAUGUCAAAAUCUGGUUGCCUGAACUAUGUGACAACAGAGUGGCAGACAGUGAAGCCUGAUGUUUACGAAAGACAGCUUUCUUACAAAUUCAAUUAUGAAGUCUCCGUGUUUGGAGGUGAAGUUCGAUGCACACAGAGAAAAUCACUCCUUGGUAAAACAGAUGGAUGGAUGGUGAAUGAAGCCAUGGCCCUCCAUGAUAUCCCCUUCGGUGACCACUUUCGUGUACAUUUGAGCUAUCAUCUUGAAAGUCUUUCAUUGACCAAAGAAGCAUGUAAAUGUGAUGUAUACCUGGGAAUUUUGUGGCUAAAAGACUGCAAAUUCCAAGAGAGAAUCGUUAAAAAUAUAAACGAGAAAUUCUCCCGCAGAUUAAAGGUUAUUUUUGAGCUCGUAAAAAAAGAGAUUUUAUUGGCGAAUGACCAUUCGUUACAAUUGUAAUAGUUCUUUCUUUCUUUAUUUCUUUUUUCCUGGGAGGAAAUGUAACGACCAUUGUUAUAGACAGUUAUUAGCUGUAGAGUUUAUAGUAGUUCUCUGUUUUCUAGUUUUUUUUUGUAGGGUGUAGUUUUGGUUGAAAUGUAAAGCACAUAGUUGGUGAAUCAAUGAUAGUGAUUUGUUCAUUUUUUAA